AUGUUCGGCUUUAAGUGCGAAGUAGUAUUUUUUUCUGAGCAACGAUGUGCCUCUGUGGCAGUUCGUAUGUUUGGUGGAGUCAUUUUUGUGCCUCGAAAUUUUAAUCGGAUUACGGGCGCCGCGGACGGGACCGGGAACGUCGGAGGACUGGAAGCUCAUUUGACGGCAGAGUUCGAUCCGAUGCCGUUGCCUCUGCUAUAA